AUGCUGCCCACUGGAGAUGUGCAAGGCUGUCUCCGUAAACUAGAAACUCUCUUGCGAAUCAUAAAGUACCCUGGACAUGUCGACUACAACGGACUUUCCAUAGGAGACCCCUCAGCUUUUCUCCCAAUACUGAGCUUCAGUCUCACCACGUUCUCCCCACCUUUUACUGAGCAAAUAGUGGCAGCUGGAUUGGAGCUGACGGGCAAAACUGAUCUGCGAUUCACUGACACACUCUAUAAGGUUCUCCGAGAUAUCUUCCACUAUAAGCCCGUCGUCUCCAAGCAACAGUUCCUGCAGAAUGGUUUUGCACAAAGAAAGAUUUCUACCCUUUGUGACAUCAUUGGCUUGGUUUUGAAGAGACACAAUGAACUGAAAAAGCCCAAAAUUAGAAAUCAUGUUUCACACAAGGACACCAGAAAGGAAGACCAUCCAAAUCUGACUAAGCCAGAUACAGUAUGUGACCAGCCUUAUGCAGUGCAUCACAUGAAAAAAGACUACUUGUCAUGUCAGAGUGUAGUACAGACCUUGCAUGAUGAAGUACACUCCAAUAUGAAGCAUACUGAAAAUGGAAUUCCAAAUGAGACGGAGAAGAAGCAAGAGGAGCCUUCCAAAAUAGAGCAAAGGCUUUCUGUAAUGGAAGCUCAAAUUGAAAGUCUUCUGAGUGGUUUUCAAAAGCUCAGUGUCUUAGAAGACCAUCUGGAGGAGCUCAUGAGACGGAGCAACACAAAAGAAAAGGAAGAAGAAAUUAUUACAAUAUCAAGAAAGACUUGGGAUAAUCUAAAUGAUCGAAUUUUAUUGCUGGAAACCAAAUUGGAACUGGGACUUGCAAAGUCAAAUGAUCCUCCAUCAGCUCCAGUCUCCUCUUUGAGCUCCAUAUCUGAUGCUUCCACGAGUGAUGUAAAAAACAGACUCGAGAGGAUCACCAGUAUGUUGAAGAGUACCUCAACUCUGAUGAAGCGUACAGACUCAUGUAGAACACCCUACGAACGGACACAAAUGAUUUAA